AUGGUUGAUGUUGCUGCUGAAGAGGCGCAGCUGCAGCACGCGCUGUACACUUUGCUGCUGCUGCAGUGCCUCCGUGCUGCAACACAUCCCGCCCGCAGCAGCCUCUUUUGGCUGCCGCACAUAACAGACGAAGCAGCAGCAGCACUGCAGCAGCAAGGGCUGCUCUCCCUUGCCCACGUGCGCCAGGGGCCUCGCUUCAGGCUGCUAGAGUGUCGUUCGCCGUCUCCGGCUCUGGAGAGAGCUGGCCUCAGUUCAAAAGAAAGUCAGGAAGUAAUUUCAGUUCUUUCUAGAAUACCCAGAGUCCGCAUGCGGUACUUCCUUUAUGCUGCUGCUGCUGCUGCAGCAGACACAGCAGCAGCAGCAGAAGACGGAGCAGCAGCAGCAGAAGACGAAGGAGCAGCAGCAGCAGCAGCAGAAGGCGAAGACGCAGCAGCGGUGGAGGAAGAGGUUGUCUUCAAUCGGCUAGAGCCACAAGUCAUUAAAGGGCCAGAUGGAGAGCCCACGCGGGCUUACCUCGUGCCUGCAGCAGCAGAUCUGCAGCUGGAGGUACACCUGAAGGCUUUGGGACCUGCAGCAGAAGGUUCUUCUGUGGCCAGGGGGGGCCCCAGCUCUAGCUGGUUCGUGAUACUGGGGGAUGCUGAUGAGGCAGCAGAUGAACUGGUGGCGCUGCGCCGCGUGCGCCUGAAGCCCCUUGGGCGCACGCAGUUGACUCUAGAGUAG